AGAACCUUUUCAGAAUGAAAUCGGUAUUCGACUAGUCCCGCCUACUUCCUGCUUUCCCUGGCUGUGAAUGAAGGCAGCCGUGCAGUGUGCAGACUGAGCCGCAGACGGAGGAGCAGCACUUGCAGCUGGUCUGCAAGGUCCGACCGUGGCCCACACACUACUGUAUCCUCCGGUAUCCCCGUAUGUUGUGAGCGCACUGUCAGCUGAUGCUGGGCUCCGUAGGUAGACCGUCCAUGUAGCAAAUUCAUUGGCCACUCUCUAAGACUGUAUUACAAUGGGCGAUGACGGAGAAGAGCUAAGACAGAGAAGAACCGCUUCUACAUCGGAAACCCCGGACAGCAAACAAAAUGAAAAAAACAAAGUAAACAGGAAAGUAGGAAAAUCUUCUAAAUGUGUUGCAUUGCAGCGGUUUGCAAAGCUUUUUGUUGGUUGCCUUGUAACUGUUACGAGUGGCAUGAUGUAUGCAGUCUACCUGUCCACCUAUCACGAGCGCAAGUUCUGGUUUUCCAGCCGCAGGGAACUUGAGCGGGAAAUCACAUUUCAAGGGGAUGGAGCUGUUUACUAUUCUUUUUAUAAGGAUAUGCUGCGGGCGCCGUCAUUUGAAAGAGGUAUAUUUGAGCUGGCAUACAACAAUAGGACCGUACCUAUGAAAACUAUUAAUGCUGUGCAGCAGAUGACUCUGUACCCAGAACUUAUUGCCAGCGCCCUGUACCAUAUGUCUGGAAGUCAGGGUGCUGUGGAUCCAGUGUAUUUUUACAUUGGGUUCAUAUUUGGCCUGCAAGGGAUUUACAUCAGUGCCUUGUUUGUGACCAGCUGGAUUAUGAGUGGGACAUGGCUGGCUGGGAUGCUGACCGCCGCCUGGUUUAUUAUAAACAGGACAGACACCACACGGAUGGAAGACUCCAUUCCACUAAGGGAGAACUGGGCUCUCCCCUACUUUGCAUGUCAAGUCGCUGCCCUUACAGGGUUUUUGAGGAACAACAGUAAUCUGUCUGCAGAGAGGUUCUGCUACCUGCUGAUGUGUGCAUCUACGUAUACUUUCAUAAUGAUGUGGGAGUACAGCCAUUACCUGCUUUUUGUACAGGCCUUAUCCUUGUGUCUGCUGGACGGGCUCUCUCUUGUCAAGAAAGAGAAGGUGCAUGAAGUACGUAAAAUGUACCUGUUCUCUGUAUUUUUGGGAUAUUUACUCCAGUUUGAAAAUACGGCGCUGCUGACCUCUCCUCUACUAAGCCUCGUAAUAGGUUCAAUGAUUGCCAAAAGCCUCCAGAUCAGUGUGAAGAAGGGCACAUUCAGAGCAAAAGUGAUGAAGAUCAUGUACUUCUACUUGGCAUUUACAAUUGCAGUAUCCCUGCAUUUAUUAAUAAGGACCGUGAUUCCACAUAAAGAAAACCGUCAAAUCCUCAAGUCUCUUGAAGUCAAAUUUGGACUGAAUAUGACCAAGAACUUCACAGUGAACUGGCUGCUGUGUCAGGAUUCCUUCCAGCCACCAUCUCAGGACUACCUGUUACGGCUAACGCAGUCUUCUCUUUUACCCUUUUACAUCCUGGUUUUAAUCGUAUGCACAUUCUCCAUAUCCCAGGGAAUAUUUAAAAGGUUUCGCGGUGAGGCAGUCAGCUGUAAUGCUACCCCAGAGGAAGGACACGUUGGCGAAAGGCCAGAAGUCAUCUACCAUGUCAUCCAAAGUCUUCUCCUUGGUUUACUGGCCAUGACCUUCGAGGGAAUGAAGUACAUGUGGACACCUCAUGUCUGUGUUAUCGCUGCCUUCGGUGUUUGUUCUCCAGAACUUUGGUUAACGCUCUUCAAGUGGAUUCGUCUGAAAUCUGUACAUCCGGUUGUACUGGCUUUCGUGUUAAGUGCUGCUGUCCCCACCGUGAUCGGCUUCAGUUUAUGGAGAGAGUUUUUACCCAAGAUAGUGAAUGAAUUGUCAGAACUGGAGGAACACUAUGAGUCUGACACGGUGGAGCUCAUGAACUGGAUAAAAAGUCAGGCUCCCCUCACAGCAGUGUUUGCUGGAAGUCCUCAGCUGAUGGCUGCUAUAAAACUAUGCACUGGAUGGAUGGUGACCAGCUUACCGGUGUACAAUGAUGAAGACCUGAUGAGGAGAAAUGAAAAUAUGUAUCAGAUUUACAGUAUGAGGUCAGCAGAGAACAUCUAUAAGAUACUUACCUCUUAUAAAGCCAGCUAUGUGGUGAUUGAAGACGCCAUCUGCAAUGAGGUGGUCGGAAUGAAUGGCUGCAGAGUUAAAGAUUUGCUUGAUGUUGCAAAUGACCAUGUGGUGACUGAAGAUGGCGAUGUCUACGCCUACUCCAAAUAUGGACGAUUCUGCCAUGAAAUAAAAAUGAAUUAUUCUCCGUACGUGAACUACUUCACUCGGGUGUUCUGGAACAGGUCCUACUUUGUAUAUAAAAUCAACACCAUCAUAUCUUUCCAGUACUAAAAACCAGACAUCGGAGGACUUCCUGUGUGAUUUCUGCAUUGCGCCAAUCUUUCUCUUCCUCCAGAACAUAGAGACAGUUGUAAUGCCUAAUGUGAUCACUGGAUGUAAUGUGGGUCCUGAGGAGCACAGGGGGGUUCGGAACAGGGUCAUCCUGAAAGGUCAUAACCCACAACAGUCCAAAGACGGUCCUGAUCCCAUUCUUUGUGCUUCACAUCAGCUUUAAAUUAUGCAAAUGACCUCUCUUUUUUUUUAUUGAAAUUUUUUUAAAUUUUCCUUUUUUAAAAUUUUUGUUAUUUUAAUGGCGACGAGCUAUGUUAAACAUUGUAUCGAUGGCACCAUGAAAGUGUGAACAGUGUUUUCUGUUUUUUCGCCAGUGAAUCGUUUACUGGGCAAUACUGGUGAUCUCUCCACAAACGCGCGGAUGCGUCAUCUUUCCCGACACGUCUGUUUUAUUCAAUACUUGUAUUCUCCAUGUUGUUGCGAUUCUGGAACAUCACUUCUUAGAUCUCUGAAUUGCUUCUGUUCCUCUGGUAUUCCUACUGGAAAUGCAGGAAUAUGUUUACCAUUCCUUUUGCCACUGCGGAGUUUUUUUUUUUUUUUAUUUAAAAAAAUUUCUUUUUAACUUUUUGUUUCAGAGUGAGUUUUUUUGGGAAUCUCAUACAUGUUUGGGAAUAUUGCAUAUUUGCUUGCAAUUUUUUCAAGUGAUUGGAAGAGUUUGUGAGCAAAAAAAGUGCCAAAAUUGGAAAAAAAUACAAAAAACAAUUAUGAAUGUAAAAUAGCCCAAAACAAGUACCAUGCCCUUAUUUUUACAGCUGGUGUAUAAAGAAUUGACAUAUAAAUUGAAUUUUAAAAAAGAAGAAAAAAAAAACGGAUCUAAAAUUGAUGUUUUUAAGGCAUAAACAAA